AGGAAAUAAGCUGCAGAAGAAGAAGAGCUGCUCCUCAGCGGCUACCUGCCGGGUCCACCUGUGUCCGUUUGAGCUGCUGUCUCACGUGAAGAUGUCGGAGGACCUGCGCGCACAGCUGGAGAAACAUCUGCAGACUUUACACAUCCAGACGAGAUGCGUGGAGCACCCGCCGGACCUGCUGUGACCUGCAGAGGGCGCCAGACCACAGAGUUUGGUUUAGUCCUGCAGGCAUGGAUGGCAUCACAGUCAGACAGCUUUAUUAAUGUGUUCACGGUGGAGGAGAUGAUGCCUCACCUGCAGGGCGUGAAUGGCGCCGUCACCAAGAACCUGUUCUUGAAAGACAAGAAGAAGAAGGGGCUGUGGCUGGUGUCGGCCCGCCAUGACCGCCAGGUGAACCUUAAUGACCUCGCCAAGAAGCUUGGUGUCGGGAGUGGAAAUCUGCGCUUCGCAGAUGAGGCAGCCAUGUUGGAAAAGCUGAAGGUGGGUCAGGGCUGUGCGACGGCGCUUGCUCUGCUCUUCGAUCAGGAUCGCAGCGUGAAGUUCGUCUUGGACCGGGACCUGGUGGAAGGAGGCCACGAGAUGGUCUACUUCCACCCGAUGACCAACGCUGCCACCAUGGGGCUCAGACCGGACGACCUGCUGCGCUUCCUCAAGGAAACGGGACACGAGCCAAUCCUGGAGUGCUUCGAGUAAAACGGACACCUGGUUUAAAAGCGACGCGAGAGCGGUCCUGGUCGGGAUGAGAGCAGGAUACGGCCGUCUGCCGCCGAGGAUCUUGAGAAGCUUCAUGCUAGGCUCUAAGUGUAAAAAGGAACAUUUUAAAAACGUAUUUGUGUGCAGCGAUGAGAAUCUGCAACCUGAACAGACUGUCAUGUUUAGCAAAGUCCCCAAAAUUAAGAUUUAUUCACUGAAAUUUGACCCUGGAUGUUAUUUAUUAUCCUGCAAAUGUAAAGCGAGAGAAUAAAAAGCUUUGUCAUCUC